AUGGACCGUAGCCAGGCUGUCGCGUCGCAGCUACGCGAUUGGACUGGCAUACAAAGUCCCAUCUUUCUACUCGCAGUCCUGUCAUCUGCUGUAUUGGCAGCUUUAAUCCUGCGAUCGAGAGCUCCGAAGCAACCACCAUGGCUUCCGGAGACAAUCCCAUUCGUCUCUAAUACCUAUGACUUUGUCAUAAACCAGAAGCGAUUUCUGGAACGAUCAGGCCGUCUCCUUGAGAAGAACAGCAUCAUCCGCUUCAACCUAGGCACCGUGCCCGUAUACCUGAUAGUCGGUGCCCGCAACAUCCAGACCCUGUUCAAACCGUCGACCAAGAUCGGCAGCGAGGCGUUGAUGACAGAGAUCAUCUUCCCCAUGAUCAUCGGCAUGCCAAAGCACGAAGUCGACCGGUUCAAGGGGGACGUCACGGGGCGGGCGAAGAACCCGAAUCCCGGAACCGAGAGCACGCCCGCGGAGCAGCGCCUCUGGCAUGCCAAUCACCACAUCUACACCGAGUACCUGGCCCGCACCAAGAGCACAAACCGGCUCACCGAGAUCUACCACAAAAAUCUUGUGGGAAAGCUCGACAGCCACCCGGUUGGCGAGUGGGUCACCCUGGGUCUCGUCGACUUCUGCAGGAACCAAAUGGGAAAGGCCGCAACCGAGGCUCUGUUUGGCCCAAAGAUCUUCGAGCUCAAUCCGGAUCUGCUCGAAGCCUUCUGGGACUUCGAGGCCGCUGUCGGGCCGCUAUUUCGCGGUGUUCCCUCCUGGUGGAACCCCAAGCCGUACAGAGACCGCGAGCGGUACUUCGGUAUGGUCGAGAACUAUCUGGCCGCGGCCUUUGCCAACUUCGACUGGAGCAAGCGUGGGGAGUUGGACUGGGAUCCCCAUUUCGGCGCGGCUGUUCUGCGGGAGAUUGCCAAGUGGUUGAAGGACGAGGGAUUCGCCGAUCGAACUGCUGCGGCGAGUAUUGCGCAAUUCGUGUUUGCGGCCAAUGCGAACACAAUCCCAAUCACCUCUUGGUGCCUCAUGGAGGCUGUUCAUGAUCCGAAAUUGUUCAAGGAUUUGCGGGAAGAAGUCCAGCAGGCCGUCGUAGUUGAUCCCGAGACUGGAAAGACAUCAGUGGACGUUGCCAAGCUAGUGGCCUUACCUCUGCUGCAGUCUGUCUAUGUUGAGACUUUGCGGAUGCACAUGUCGUUCAAUAUCGUACGAGCGGUAAACGAGCCUAUUGCGAUGGAUGGUUACGAGAUUGGAAAGGGGUCCCAGAUCCAGGCGCCCAUGCAGCUAGCUCAUCUCGACGAAGCCGUGUGGGGUGUCCCCGAACAUCCCGCAUCCGAGUUCUGGGCAGAGCGACAUGUCAAGUACGUCGAGUCGAAGGACGAGAAAGGCGGCACCGUCUGGAAGCGUGAGUUUGUCAUGGCUGGUCGACCAAGCUCUUUCUUUCCAUAUGGGGGUGGGCAGCCAGUCUGUCCCGGUCGCCACUUUUCGAAGCAGGAGAUCAUGUUGACGUUGGGCUUAAUCAUUGCUAAGUUCAAUGUUGAGUUCGUUGAGUGGACGAAGAUGGAUGGUUCGCCGUCGGAUCGACCGGCUCAAGAUAAUGCGGACUAUGUUGGGGCUGAAGCCAUGCCUCCUGACCGCGAUAUGAAGGUGAGAUGGAAGAAACUAUGGUAG